UCUCUCUCUCUCUCUCAUACCAUAAAAAAUGGCAUGUGAAUGAUGAUGCGCUUCUGAAUUCUGAUUGCCUCGUUUGACGCGCUUCCCCAGAUAUCUUUUUGGUAGCCGAGUCGUAUCAGAUCACACCAAAAUCCUUUUGUUGCCUUGUUCCCGCUGAAAUCUGCUCAUUUUCUCACCAAGACACAGAGACAGAGAGGAAGCAAAAAGGAAGCUCUUUUAUCGGUUUAUUGUGCAGAAUCGUGAGGGUUGAGAUAGGGAGUCGCACGGGUGGUGAUGGAUACCAGAAAGAGGAGGAGUGGAGUGAGAAAUGGGGUGGUGGCAGGUUCAGUUUGGGAGAGGAGGAUGAGGUUAGAUGAAGUGAAAGGUGGGAUCAGAGUCUUUGGUGUGUUCGAAGAUGAUGAUAAUAACACUACUGGUGAUGUGCCCACCGCUCCCAGUUCAGUCACGUUGAGAAAGAGUGAAGCUGUGGGGAAGAGAAGGACAUGGAAAUCAGAGAGCAUUGAUAGCCCAAUUCAGAUUGCUAGGGAGCUCGAUGAGUCGAGCAAGAGUCUUGAUGAGCAGGUCAAGGAAAUGAGCGUUUCAGGUGAUGGAAUCAAGAAAAAGAAGAGCCCAAUUCUGGGUGUGAAGGAAAAGAGAGAGCUUGGAAUUUCUCAGGAGAGAAAAUCGGGGCCUGAGGCAAAGGAGGUGAGUGAAUCUGUUCUUGGUGCUGAAAAGGUUGUUUCAGCUGAACUGAGGAAGAAAAAUUUGGAGCCUUUCAAGGAUUUAUGUCAAUCUCGUCAUGGGGGAUCCGAGGAAAACUGCAAGGAGGUUGGGGUUUGUCAAGAGAGAAUCAUUUCAAGCACUAUGAGCGAUGUGGGUCAGGUCAAGCCUGCUCCAAAGGCACUAGUCCAUGAUUAUGACCUUCAUGGCAAUCAUGAUAAUGAUGAUGGGGAGGAAGAAUUUUUCGAGGAUGAGGGAUUGGAGGGUCAUUGCAUUGAUGAGAAAGCCGAGACUGAGUUUGAAAAACACAGCUUUGACAUCAAGAAAAUUCACACAUUAGAGCAGAAAUCCAACAAAGUGGCAAGUGGAGAGAGAAUAGAUAAUCAUUUCAGUGAAAAGCACAAACCAAUUCGUUUUGAUGCCGGGAAACGGCCUUCUUCUACAUUGAACCGCAAUGGAGUGCAUAGGAAUACUGCUUAUACUCCUCCAAGUAAGCCCACAUCUCUGGGUGCAACUAAAGAGCCUCCUGCUAUCCCGAAAUCCUCUAUAAUCCAUCAACAUUAUGCCAAGCAGAAUUUGUCAUCCAAUGAGAAAGGACGUUCCAGUGAGACACAGGAGGGAUGGCAAAUUUUGGUGGACUUGGUUAUGUGGAAAUAUGCAUAUAAGUCAGCAUUGGCCUUUGCAAUUGGAAUACUACUGAUAAUAUCAUCCUCCUAUGCUAAGCAUCUCCAUUACAGCUUCAUUUCUCUGGUUUCUUAUCUGAGUCUCAUCAUUCUUGCUGCAAUUUUUCUGUACAGAUCCCUCACUAGCAGGGGUUAUGUGGAUAUAGCCGCUAUGAGAUGUGAGUGUAAAGAGGAAGAGGCAAUGCAGUUGGUGAAAUUGGUGCUUCCUUGCUUCAACGAAUUCUUGUUUAUGCUCCGAGCUGUUCUCUCUGGAGACCCAUUGACUACGAUGAAGUUGGCAGUCCUGCUCUUUGUUCUGGCCAAAUGUGGAAGCUCCAUGACUGUAGGGAUGAUGGUCAAACUUGGAUUUUUUGGAGCUUUCAUUGUACCAAAACUCUGCUUUACAUAUUCCCAACAUUUGACUGCACAAGGCAAAUUUUGGAUUCAAUUGUUUCGAGAUUCUUGGGGCAUGUGCUCUCACAAGAAAGCCAUAGCUGCUGCUGCAUUUUUAAUCUUUUGGAGCUUUUCUUCUAUUAUUGGAAGAGCUUGGGGAGCGUUCGUUGCAUAUAUUGCCUUCAGAUAUCAUGAGCAGACUGCCGGCAACAGCUCAGCGGGAGAUUGUAGAGGAGCUGAGUUCGUCAAGAGCGGAUUUGCAGAAGCGACAACGCAGAGGUACAGACCAACUGUGGUAGAACAAAGAAAUCAAAAGAAGGCGUCCUAGGCCUUAGAUUAGUUGCUGUGCAGUUACAAGUUUCGUGAUUGCUUACUUCCCCAAACCAUCUCACUCUAAACCCCUGGACUAAUGGCUGAUCAACACAAGGCAGACACACUUCCCGAUGUUCUCGUCAGCUGUGUCGUGGUGCCAAUGGAUGCCUAUAACUCAGGCAAUUUCAUGGAACGCGAGGUUGGCGUGAAGAGUAACUAGUACCCAUCGGCAGAUUCAGCUGACAUAUGAUCCUGGAUAGGCAACCACUGAAGCCUGGCUAAUACUUCUUUAGAUUGGUAUCAGUGAGUUAGUUACAUUGCCCUUGGGCAGGCAAUCUGUUCUUUACCGAAGUCAAAACUGUCAUUCAGAGAUAUAAUUGUAACUUGAUGAGGUACUUUAUGCCAACAUUCUUCACAGGAAAAUGGAGCAGGAAAAUUCAUGGACCCCCAGUGCGAUCGGCCCGAGGAAGACUUCGGCAACUGGGGUUGCGGGCGCCGGGCGGAAUGUAGUACAUUGUUGGAAUGAUAUGAUUGAAAAUGUCGCCGACUGCUUAUUAAGAGAACAGUUUUAGGCA